AUGGAAAGCAUUCAGCAGAAAAUACACUUGCAGCCUCGGCUCCAGAGUUUUUGCAGAGCGUCCCACAGCACCAGUGCUAUGGCGAAGACACGAGAGAUGAGGAGCAUGGCCUUGCUGGCCCUGUUGGGGCUUGCUGCGACUUCGGCAUUUGUGGGAUUCCAGGCGCCAGCCGCCUCUCGUUCUCGUGGUGAGCUGAGCACCAUGCACGCAGCCGGCGAGUACACGGGCUUCGUGCCAGAUAUGCAGCGCCGACAGCUCAUGAACUUUGUGCUGGUGACCACAGCUGGCAUCCCCGUCCUGGUGGCCUUGGGCUGCUACCUUUGGUACUUCGUGCCUCCUGUGUCAGGUGGUGGCGGAGGAGCACAGCUUGCUGGAGACGUGGAUGGCAAUCCUGUCGCCCUGGAGUCUUGGGUGAAGAGCCACAAGGACAACGACCGUGAGCUGGUGCAGGGACUGAAGGGUGAGCCCUACUACCUCAUCUCCACCCCAGACAACAUCAAGGACUUUGCGCUUCUGUCCGUGUGCACUCACCUUGGCUGCGUGGUGCCUUGGAACAAGGCUGCCAACAAGUUCUGCUGCCCUUGCCACGGAUCCCAGUACGAUGAGAAUGGCAAGGUUGUACGUGGCCCUGCUCCACUUUCCUUGGCUUUGGCUCACACCACUACCCUUAACGGCAACUUGGCAUUGAGCCCUUGGACCGAGCAGGACUUCCGCACCGGCGAGGACCCUUGGUGGAAGUGA